AUGAUAUAUUGGUUUUGAAAGUGAAACAUAUCAAAAAUGGCCCCUGCAUGCCUAUGUGUAAAAGUUGGGACCCCUGCUGAACUCUUACUCGAGUACAAUGCUUGCUACUGGACCACCUGUGAGGUUCAGUUCCUCGUCAGACAAUAAUACCGGACUGACCUCCCGGGUGUACCCGUGACUCAUCAUGACCACAUUCUUGGGCGGGGAAGCGAGAAGACUGAAUGCAGGAAUCCAGACGUACGUAAGCCAAGCAGGGCAAGUCCAGUGUGGGAACAUGACACGUGUGUGACACAUUCAAGUGUGUGGAAAGUCAUCACAACGAGCUGUGAUGUCAUCAGCAGCGCCAAAGGAAAUGUCAAGUGUGUGUGUGGGAGCCUCUCCGUGCGGAAUCUGAUCCCUCGCUAUUUUUAUUCCCACAAAGUGUGGCUGGAUUUAGCCCACCUAAUGAAAGUACAGUUCCACGCUGAUUCAUGACGAGCUUUAGAAGGACUGUGAGUGCAGCUGGCGUCUGCUCGCCGAGCAUCUUACGCAACACUCUUAUAUCACCUCAGUCAAUGAAAGCUGCCCCACACUCAACAUGUGUGUCCUUCCAGACCUCCUUCACGCUCUCCUGGGCCAGCUACCUGCUGGCCAGACACCCUGAGAUCCAGGAGCAGAUCUACGCGGAGGUGGAGAGGACUUUGGGCCCUCGAGCUGUCGCCACGGCCGACGACGUCCCUCGUCUGCCUCUGAUCAGAGGCCUGGUCAAAGAGACUCUCAGGCUUUUUCCAGUUCUCCCUGGCAAUGGCCGGAUCACCCAGGACGACCUGGUGGUGGGCGGAUACUUCAUCCCCAAAGGGACUCAGUUGGCCCUGUGUCACUACUCCACUUCCCUGGAAGAGGAGAACUUCGCCGACGCCUUGGACUUCCGGCCGGAUCGCUGGAUCCGAAAGGACUCCUCGGAUCGCGUGGACAACUUUGGCUCCAUUCCCUUCGGCUACGGCAUCAGGAGUUGCAUCGGCAAGAGGAUAGCGGAGCUGGAGAUGCACCUGGUCCUGACUCGGCUGGUUCAGAGGUUCCACAUCGGCACGUCUGCGCUCUCCGCCGACGUCAAGGCCAAAACGCACGGCCUCCUGUGCCCUGCAGACCCCAUCCACCUGCAGUUCACCGACAGGAACAACUAGGGAGGGAUCUUCUUCAUAUUCUGACCAACUGUACUGUUCAUGUAUGACUAGUUCAGGGGUCGGCAACCCCGCAUGCGGCUCUUUAGCGCCGCCCUAGUGGCUCUCUGGAGCUUUUUGAAAAAUGUAUGAAAAAUGGAAAAAGAUGAGGGGAAAACAUAUAUUUUUUGUUUUAAUAUGGUUUCUGUAGGAAGACAAACAUGACACAAACCUCCCUAAUUGUUAUAAAGCACACUGUUUAUAUUAAACAUCCCUCACUGAUUCGAGUAUUUGGCGAGCGCCGUUUUGUCCGACUAAUUUUGGCGGUCCUUGAACUCACCGCAGUUUGUUUCCAUGUAUAACUUUCUCCGACUUUCUAGGACGUGUUUUAUGCCACUUCUUUUCCUGUCUCAUUUUGUCCACCACACUGUAAACGUUGUGCGUGAAGGCACAAAGGUGAGUUUUGUGGAUGUUAUUGACUUGUGUGGAGUGCUAUUCAGACAUAUUUGGUCACUGCAUUAAUGCUAGCUAAUCGAUGCUAACAUGAUAUUUAGGCUAGCUAUAUGUACAUAUUGCAUCAUUAUGCCUCAUUUGUAGCUAUGUUUGAGCUCAUUUGGUUUCCUUUAAGUCAUCUUAAUUCAAUUUAUAUCUCAUGACACACUAUCUGUAUGUAAUAUGGCUUUUAAUUUUUUGCGGCUCCAGACAGAUUUGUUUUUGUAUUUUUGGUCCAAUAUGGCUCUUUCAACAUUUUGGGUUGCCGACCCCUGCGUUUUUGUGGGAACUCAUCCUUCUGUUUUACUGAGGUUUUACUCAGACUUGGUGUAGCAAUGUGGACAAAUUGUUGUUUUCAUCUA